AUGAAAGUCCUGCUCGUGUGUCUGAUGUUCGUAGCGGCAGCCGUCCAGGCGGUGCCAGCUGGCGGCCUGCCACGGCUGCCGGAGAGGCGCUCCGACGUGAGGGCGCUGAGGCCCAAGGGCGCGCUGCUCCAGCCAAGACAGCACAGUGAGGAAGAUGAUGCCGACUCGGCGGGGAAGCAGCCGCGCAUCAUCUACGGCAAGCAGGCGGAGGAGGGCCAGUUCCCGUGGAUGGCUUCCCUGCGGCUCGACUACGUCGCCUUCUGCGGCGGCUCGCUCAUCAUCCAGCAGUGCGUCCUCACAGCGGGCCACUGCGCCGACGGGUCAGUACCACGUCUGCACCUGCACCUUGGGCUCUACCUGUGUUCGGAUCCCCUUCAGCAGUCUCUCAAAUCCACAACUCCGGAAGACAUACUCGCGUUUUUAUAA